GAUAUGGAAAACGUCCAACUCGAUAUAACGAUACGAUAGCUAUCUACAAUGCUUGCAAGUUCAACACUAGCAUCAAGUCCCGACCAGUAUGGCUACAGAUACUGGUGCAGCUUCUGCAGCAAGUCCUUUGCCAAAGGGAAGAGGUUCAACGCUCACCACGGUGUUCUCAAUGGAAAUGGGCCAAAAUAUGGCCUCUUUUGUACCGUGAAGAUCUUUCGCUACAAGAGAGGAUCGGAGCGACUGUGUGACGUUGAAAUACAGAAGUCACUGAAGGUUCAGGAACUGUGCCGAAGCUUUCGCAUUGAAAACAGCAUGAAGAAGAUACAAUUUGUAUGUCUUGUAAAAGCUCAUAUGGACGAAAUAUGGACGCCGUUUUUCUCGUGUUCCUCUUCGUGGAGCAGACCGUUGUUCAGAGACGAGUGGGUUCUCAUUGAAGACUUCCUGAAGAACUUUCAAUGGUUCGUUGGUUCAGAUGGGUCUUCUCCUAAACUAUCUAGAACAAGACAAACAUUGAACGCUUUCGUCCACUAUUCUUUCCACUGCACUUCAGGAUCUCUUGUGGUCUGUGGACUACAGGGAAGUGUGACAGAAGGCUGUUACAUGCUUAAGACCCCAACCAUCCAUUCCGUGAACGAAUCGUACGGAGAUACCGACAAGGGCAUAGCCGGGAUAGAAGAGGUGUUUCAGCACCACAAGUGUAAUUCUAUAUGUAAACAUUUUAUUGUCCCUGCUGCUGUUGCCCGAGACUAUGGAUUAGAUAGGGCGAAUGAUGAAGAUUCUUGUGAGGAAUUCACGAGUGAAGGUGCUUCAGAAGAAUGUUUACUUGGGUUUGAUUCAUCCCGCGAAUCGCUCCUCUCUUCGAGAAGGCCAAUCUCAGCAGCGCCUCCUCCUUACAUGGAAAUUUGCAACAACUGAGGAAUAAAUGUGACUGAUAAAUAAGGGUUUGUUCAUUAGGACAUGUUGAAAGUUCUGUGGAUUAAAAUUAUGCCUUUGCUGUAAAAUAGAGGUUUUAUUUCAAGCUGUUGGCAUCCCUUAAGAUAUAUAAUACCGCAUAAUACCUGCGACAACGACGGCGACGACAGCAACAACGAGACAAUAGCGAUCUGGUCCGUGCAUUGAAUGCUGCACUUUCGGAUAGUAAAGUACGAAUAUAUAUAUAUUGGAAAAGGGCACUCAUAGCCAAAUGCUUUGCUGUAAUCGUCAUGUAUUUCCGUUUAAAGGCUUCCACGCAGAUAUAACACCCUUUAAUACAAUAGCAAUGGAACUGUGCAUAUAUUUCAAUAUAGCAGUCAAGCAAUAACGAAAAGAGUUUUUAAAAACAGAAAUUCAUCCUUCCGCCCGUGCCGCCGUCUGAGAUUGGAAAUGAUGAACACAAAUUGAUGAGAAAGGAAGAAAGAAGCAGGAGCUUGUGACACCAGGUGUCAAAGGCAUGUAGCAGGAAAGUAUUAAACAAUCAACAGUGUCAGGCAUGUCCUGACGGGGUUGAUGGAUACUAUUCAUAAGAUGUCUAACCCUCUGACUAGAUAUUGUAUGUGAUUAAAAUAUUCUUAAGAAGC